AUGGCAGAGUCAGCAGCACUUACAGCAGUCAUUAACCAAGCAGUAGAGAUAGCCGCCAAUCUAGUUGUCGAAACAGGCUCACUCUUGUAUAGAUUGAAGGAGGACAUGGAGUGGAUUGAACAACUAAUGAGACACUUCAAAUUAUGUCUCAAAGAUGCCGAGUCAAAGCAAGGUGGAAGCCAUGAAGUAGCUAACUUCGUAAUUGACAUGAGAGAUCUUGUUCUGGACAUCGAGGAUCUUUUGGACACUUACCUUGCAGAGAUUGCGUCGCACAAGGGAAAGGGGCCAUAUCGAUUCGUUAAGCAUGCUGCUUGUAUACUAUGUUAUUGUUCCACUGCAAAUACCUUUGCCCUGGAAAUUGAGAGAAUCAAGAGACGGGCCCAAGAAAUAGAAAACACUAGAAAAAGAUGCCGUAUCAAUCUUGAUACAGAUGGAGGGGACGCAGGUGUGGGCAAGACUACUUUUGGUAAAAAAAUAUAUAAAGAAAUGCAAAAUGAUUUUACUUCUUCUGCCCUAGUCUAUGUCUCAAAUGAGCCUAGAGUCCAAGACCUUCUACUUGAAAUAGCAAAGCAAGUUGGCCUUGAAAAGGAAAAGAUGGAUGAAAAUUUGGAGGUCAACUUGCUUUCUCUGCUUAAUGAAAAAAGAUAUAUAGGUGGUGAAAGCUCUUUGAUUCAAUUGAAACUCUUAGAUCAAGAAAAGAGCUGGGAACUCUUCUCCGAGCUGAUGAAAUCCUCUUCAGAAAGUACGAAUGAGACAUUUCCUCCAAUAGAAUUGGAAGAUAUUGCCAAGAAGAUAGUAGGAAGGUGUGGUGGGUUGCCAUUGGCAAUUGUGGUUGCGGUGGGUAUGUUGCAGCAGAGAAGAAGAAAUAAACAUGCAUGGAAUGAGGUCGACGGAAAUCGAAAUCCUUUUGACAUUGUGGCUUAUAAAUUAGAGAUGUUAAGUGACAGAAAUUUAAUCCAAGCAUCUUCUAGAGAUUCGGAUGGAAGAGUGGUAAGUUGUCACAUUCAUGAUCUUCUACGUGGUCUUUGCAUCAAAUUGGCCAACGAGAACAACUUCUUUGGAGAAGGAUGGACUUUGAUUCCUAAUGAGAUAGGAGAUCUGAGUAGGUUGACUUUCCUUAAGUUGAGAGGGAGAUUUGAAAGGAUGCCUUCAACCAUAAGGAAUCUCAAGAAAUUGGUGACAUUGGAUAUUCAAGAAGCAUAUUUUAAUUGUGGUUUGCCAAGAACUAUUUUAAGGAUGAAACAUUUGAAGCAUUUACUCAUAGGCAUUGAUCAAAUGUUUGGGUCUAACAAAUGCACAAAUUUGCAUAUCAGAAAUGAGGUGUAUUUACCGAACAUAGAAAUUUUAGAUUGGGUGCCUGGUACCAUUUUGAAAGCUAGCUCAUUACAAAAACUCUCCAACUUGAGAGAGCUGAAUUUACAUGAGAUUAACGACCAACAUAUAAAUGUAAUAUCUGGUAAAACACCCAUAUCGAAGAAGCUCCAAAAAUUGGAGUUGGGGUUGACUCCGAAAUUUAAGAGGUUAAACCUGUCCCACUAUGACCAUCUUGCUAGGUUGACACUGUCUGCUGGAUCUAAUUUUCCAUUCAUGCUUGACACCAUUGAAUUCCCUCCAAACCUUAUCCACCUUAGCAUUCGGUCCAUGAAAUUCACUGAGGAUCCAAUGAAGGUACUAACGGAACUACCCAAAUUAGAGAUCCUUGAAAUGACAUAUUGA